AUGUUUGGCAACGACUUCGAAGAUUUCUGCGACUUCAACGACAGCAUCUGCAGCAACGACUCCGGUUUCGACAGGUCCUACGCCGAAUCCAUCGGGACACCAAACACGAGCACUCCCAUCAAACAAGAUGCAACAGAUCUCGGAAUAUCGCUUACACCGGUCAAAGAAUCGAAUAUACGAAGGAAACUCUUCCCUGAUGAAUAUGAUUACCAGAUUCAAAGCAGAAUUGAAAACAUUAAAACGUAUGAAGAAUUCCAGCCACUUAAUAUUACGUCGACGCCUGUGAAGGACAACAAGAAAUCGAAGGAUCCCAACAAACCGAAAAGAAAAUACGCCAACAGCAAGACUAGAGUAUCGAGAUGUAAAAGCCCAACGCAGAUUUUAAGAAUAAAAAGAAAUAGACGAAUGAAAGCCAACGAUAGGGAAAGAAACAGAAUGCACAUGCUGAACGAAGCUCUGGAUAGAUUAAGAUGUGUACUACCAACCUUUCCAGAAGAUACGAAGCUGACGAAAAUAGAAACUCUAAGAUUCGCACACAACUAUAUCUUCGCUUUGAGCCAAACUUUGGAUUCGUUAGACAACAUUAAUUCUGGUGACACCGAUUGUAAUAACAAAUACGACAAAACAAGUUUUCCAACAGAAAAGACUAACAAAGACGCAUUUAGGGAAAUAUUUAUUAUGCCCAACAAGACUGAAGAGAAAAACAGUGACGGCAGCUACAGAAACUUCCAAGGAUUCAGUAAACCUUUUUCGAACGGAUGUAACUUCAUGCAGACGUCUGAAGGAGUUCUUAUCAACGUCGGUAAUGUUACAGUUUCUGUUAACAAUAAAGGCGGAAAUUGUAUAACUUCGACUACAGGCAGUGGUUUCUUCACAAACCCAUCGAGUUUUGGAGACGAUCUGAUGACACAGAACUAUUACAAUCAGAAGCCCUACAUGCCAAACAAUUAUUGCAACUAUAACGGAACUGAGGAUACCAAAGAUUAUUUUAAUCAGAACAACUACGAGAUAUUCAAGAAUGCCUUUGAAAAUGCCAAGAACAGAAAAUACCAAAGCCCAAAUACUACCGAUUACUUAACUAAUUAUAAUAACCCAUCAAAGUACGGAUAUUAUUAUGGUGAUAGGUAUAACUAUAACGAAGAAUUUUAUUCUCAACGUAACUAUUGCUACGAUCAAAGUAAUAUUAGCAGAGAUUAUUACCGAGGGCCCAGCGUAGUGAAUGCUCAGAUUUAA